AUGUCCUCAUUUACAACUCCAAGAAAACGUACACUUAAUGAUCAUCUAGAUAAUUCAAAUGAUUUUCAUACAUUUAAUGAUCCACAAGAUAGAAUUAAUGCUGUUAUGUCAACUUUACAAUGUCCUGAUGAAAAAACAAAUGUUUCCGAAACUUAUGCAAAUUCAAAGAAUUUAGCUACUGAAGUACAAGCUUAUGCCAAGAUUGCUGGGAAAGAUUGGACUUAUUAUGUUAAAACAUUAGCCAUAUCUAUUGGUAGAAAUACUGAAGUUAAUAAUAAUAAUUCAAAUAACAAUAAUAUAAAUAAUGGUCCAUUAAUUGAUAUUGAUUUAGGUCCAGCAAAAAUUGUUAGUAGACAACAUGCAACUAUUACUUAUAAUUUAGAUUUAAGAUGUUGGGAAUUAAAAGUUUUAGGUAGAAAUGGUGCCAGAAUUGAUGGUCAAAAAGUUUCAAUGAAUUCUCUGGAAGUUAAUGGAUUACAUUCUGGUGCAAUAUUAGAUGUUGGUGGUACACAAAUGAUGUUUAUAUUACCAGAUUCACCUCCAGUAGUUGCACCAAAAAUGUUGGAUAAAGCAGUUGCAAAAUAUAGAGAAGAACAUGGUGGAAAAACAAAUAAAAGAUUGAAUUAUAAUGGUAGUAAUAUGAUUAAUAAUGGAGGAUCAGGAUCAGGGGGAUCAAUGAAAAGUUUUCAAGUUUAUAAUAAAGCUCAAUUAAAUCAUUCACCAAGUUCGAUUUCAGCAAAUUCUUUACAAUCUAAUUUAGAUCAAGAUUUAUCAAAAGAAGAUUCAAAAGAUAUAAAACCUCCUUAUAGUUAUGCAACAAUGAUAACUCAAGCUAUAUUAUCAAAUCCUUCUGGAGUUAUGUCAUUAUCAGAUAUUUAUAAUUGGAUUUCAAGUCAUUAUGCAUAUUAUAAAUAUUCCAAAACUGGUUGGCAAAAUUCAAUAAGACAUAAUUUAUCAUUAAAUAAAGCAUUUGAAAAAGUUCCAAGAAGACCAAAUGAACCUGGUAAAGGUAUGAAAUGGCAAAUUAGUUCAUCUUAUAAAGAAGAUUUUUUAACUAAAAUAAAUGAUGGUACAAUUUCUAAAACAAGAAGAGGUUCUUCUGUAUCUCGUCAAUUAAGUUUACAUUUAGCAACUCAUAAUCAUUUACCUGAAGCUCAAGUUAUGGAAAUGAAUGAUGUUGUAAAUCAAUACCAUCAUCCACAUCAACCACAUCAACUUUCACAACUUUCACAACCACCACCACAACAACAACAACAACAACCAUCAAAUCAACAACAACCACCAUCACAGCAACAACAAGCAAUACAACCGCCGCCUCAGCAAUCAUUUUAUGAUCAUCAAAGAUCAAAUUCUAAAAAUCUUCAAUACAAUAAUAACUUGGUACAAAAUCAAAUAGGUUAUGCACCACAACAAAAUAUGUAUCCUCAAUCAGGUCGUUCGUAUUCCUAUACUCAACAACAACAAUCCCAAAUCCAACAACAGCAACAGCCGUUGAUGUAUGGUCAACAAACCAAUCAACAAUAUCCAAUAAAUAAUGGUUAUAGUAGUAAUUUAGCAUCUCCAUUAAGACAACCACAACAAUUACAUCAACAAAGAGAUUCAAUUUCUAAAAUGCCUAAAAUGCAAAAUAAUCAAUCCUUAUAUAAUUUACCACCACCAAAUAAUCAAGAUACUAAAAUAAAUUUAGGUCAUUCAAGAACUUCAUCAUAUAUAACUAACAACAAUCAAUUACCAGAUAAUGGUGGAAUAACAACAAUGAAUCAUCUGUAUAAUUCAAAUCAAAAUGAUUCAUUAAAUUCCAUACCAAUAUCUUCAAAUAAUACAACAACUAAUGAAGUUAUGAAUUUUACAAGUCCAAAAAAAAUUUCUCAAUUAGAAGCAUAUACACCAGAACGUGGAUCAAAUCAAAAACAAAAUUUAAAUCAAGUUCAACAACAUCAAAAUCAAAAUGGUAAAAAUUCAAAUCAUUUAGUACCUACUGGUGGUCAACAACAACCAAAUCAAUCAAGUCCUGCAUUUUGGAAUUUUGUACAAUUUAGUACACCAAAUGGUCAAACUCCAAUAAAGAGAAAUUCAAAUGGAGAAGAAAUUGAUGAUGAUGAUGAUGAAGAAGAUAAUAAUCAAAGAAAUUUAAAAGAAGAUCAUGAAAAAAGUCCAUUAUUGAAGAAAAAAUUAAAUAAAAAUAAUAACAAUACUAUCAAAAUUGAAUCAAAAACGGGUAUAGUUGAUUCAUAA